AUGGAAGCCCCGGGCUCCCCCUACGCCUCCUCGCCGGAAUCCGCCCCCAAGCGUGCCCCCCGCUCCCCUCCGCAGCAGCAGCCUACCUCCGAGGAAGGAGAUGACAAGGAGAAACCAACACAUUUGAGGUUUCUGGUGUCUAAUACGGCAGCAGGAUGUAUCAUUGGCAAGGGUGGAUCAACUAUUAAUGACUUUCAGUCCCAGUCUGGGGCUCGUAUUCAGUUAUCACGUAGCCAUGAGUUUUUCCCUGGUACAAAUGACAGGAUCAUCAUGGUUUCUGGGCUGUUUGAUGAAGUAAUGAAGGCCAUGGAUUUGAUUCUUGAGAAACUUUUGGCUGAGGGUGAAGAAUUCAAUGAAGCUGAAGCUAGACCUAAAGUUAGACUUGUAGUUCCUAACAGCUCAUGUGGUGGGAUAAUUGGUAAAGGUGGAGCAACAAUAAAGUCAUUUAUUGAAGAAUCACAUGCUGGAAUCAAAAUUUCUCCUCAGGAUAACAACUAUGUUGGUUUGCAUGAUAGGCUUGUUACAGUCACAGGAACCUUUGAUAAUCAGAUGAAUGCGAUAGAUUUGAUACUGAAGAAGUUAUCUGAGGAUGUUCACUACCCACCUAAUUUGAGUUCCCCAUUUCCAUAUGCAGGUCUUACUUUCCCAAGCUACCCUGGUGUUCCUGUUGGUUAUAUGAUUCCGCAGGUGCCAUAUAAUAAUGCUGUGAACUAUGGACCUAAUAAUGGGUACGGAGGAAGGUACCAAAACAACAAGCCCAGUACACCUAUGAGGUCGCCUGCUAGUAAUGAAGCCCACGAAUCUUUGACCAUCGGUAUAGCCGAUGAACACAUUGGUGCUGUUGUAGGUCGUGCUGGAAGGAACAUAACAGAGAUCAUUCAGGCUAGUGGUGCUCGGAUCAAGAUAUCAGAUAGGGGUGACUUCAUAUCUGAUACAUCUGACAGGAAGGUGACGAUUACUGGAACAUCUGAAGCUAUCCGGACCGCGGAGUCCAUGAUCAUGCAGAGGGUGUCAGCCAGUUCAGAGAGGUGA